CCCACUCCGUCCCCCAGUGAGUGUAGAUGAUCUGUAGGAGUUUAAUGGACACUUUCCAGAUGAUUGAGUUCUUCCUGGUUGAUGUGAAUCUUUCUGACACACAGUGUUCCCUACUGCCAUGAUUUCAGCUCGACCACUGAGAUGGGUUUUACUGUUUCUAUCUCUCAGCCAUCAGGCUUCUUCUGUAAUAUUUUCACUGAAGGUUGAGUCUCCAGUCUCAGGGCUCCUUGGUUCCUCUGUGUCUCUGCACUGUGCUGUCACCAAGAAUAUGGAUGUUCGUCAUGAAGAAGUACGCUGGUACCGUCCCAAUAUGUAUGACACCCCAAUACUCCUCUAUGAAAAUAAUCAGAUCCAGAAGAGUCCUGUAGAUGUUCAGUACCAGGGCAGAGUGUUCCUGUUAGGAGAUCUGGAGAAAGGAGACGUCUCUGUGAAACUGGAGAACCUGACACUAACAGAUAGAGGAGACUACACAUGUCAUGUGAGCACUGAUAACUGGUAUGACAAGGCCACAGUGACCCUCAGACUGAGAGCGGUGGGAUCCACUCCUGUUCUCUCCAUACAUGAAGCAGGAGAAGGGAAGGUGAAUGUUAGCUGUCAGUCACAUGGUUGGAUACUUGAGCCGUCAAUCAUCUGGACACAUAAAGAUGGGAGAGAUCUGAAACAUCUCAGUAACGACAAGUUCACCAUCAACUCUGUAGGGACUGUAGAUGUGAGCUCGUGGCUGAUUGUGUCUCCCUCUGAGUCUGAGUGGAUCUCCUGCUCUGUGGGUUUGUCUGAUCAGGAGAGAAAAGAAGACAGAAUAAUGUUACACGUCCCUGCACAGUCGUUGACUGGAUACAUCAUCAUCAUCAUCAUUCCCGUUCUUCUGGUGCUGUGUGUCGUCGGAAUUGCAGUGUAUUGUGUGCUACGUAAAAAAGUGUGUGUGAGAGCAGAGGUCAGUCAGCAGGAAUCAUCUGAACAUCAGAAUCCUGAAACACUGGAAGAUAAAACACACCUUCCAGGUAUAGUGGGGGAAAUAAGUAUUUUCUAA